ACAUAAGUGAGACCGAGAGGCUGGAGGGAGGCACUCAGUGUGGUCGCCGGGACAUUCCACAGCAACAACAGCAGCAGCAGGAAAAGCAGAGGCUCCAUCCCAAGCAAAGCAAGACGCUUCACUUUUUCCUCUUCCCAGUUUCCAUUACGCGGACUCUUGGAUUCCAUGCAAUUCUUUCAAGAUGAUGUCAAUGAACAGCAAGCAGCCUCAUUUUGCCAUGCACCCGAGCUUACCUGAGCACAAGUACACUUCACUGCACUCUAGCUCGGAGGCAAUAAGGAGAGCAUGUCUACCCAACCCACAGAUGCAGGGCAAUUUCUUCGCCAGCCUAGAUGAGACCCUGUUGGCCCGAGCAGAAGCAUUCGCCGCGGUUGACAUCGCCGUGUCCCAGGGCAAGAGCCAUCCCUUCAAGCCAGAUGCCACGUACCAUACUAUGAGCAGCGUGCAAUGCUCCUCCAACACCACCGGCCCACUCGACCAUCACCACCACCAUCACCACCACCAUCAGGCGCUGGAGCCCGGGGACCUCCUGGAACACGUCACCUCCCCGUCCCUCGCAUUGAUGGCCAGUACCGGACACGAAGGAGUAGGCGGCGGUGGAGGUGGUGGAGGAGGCGGCGGAGGUGGUGGCGGAGGCUUAAUCUCUACCUCGGCCCAUCCGCACAGCCACAUGCACGGCCUGAGUCACCUGUCCCACCAGGCGGCCAUGAACAUGACCUCUGCCCUUCAGCACCCUGGACUGGUCGCCGCUCAUCAUUGCCCUGGGGGUCAGGUGGCCUCAGCUGUGGGGGCAGCGGCAGGCUUAGUGUCUAUCUGCGACUCAGAGACUGACCCCCGCGAGUUGGAAGCCUUCGCUGAGCGAUUCAAGCAGAGGAGGAUCAAGUUAGGGGUGACCCAAGCCGAUGUGGGCUCAGCCUUGGCCAACCUGAAGAUCCCUGGGGUGGGUUGCCUUAGCCAGAGCACCAUCUGCAGGUUUGAAUCCCUCACCCUGUCGCACAACAACAUGAUCGCCCUUAAGCCCAUCCUGCAAGCCUGGCUAGAGGAAGCCGAGGGGUCUCAGAGGGAAAAACUCAACAAACCCGAACUAUACAAUGGGGGGGAAAAGAAACGCAAGAGGACUUCCAUCGCUGCUCCAGAGAAAAGGUCCCUGGAGGCUUAUUUCGCUGUCCAGCCGCGACCUUCCUCGGAGAAAAUCGCUGCGAUAGCCGAGAAACUGGAGCUCAAAAAAAACGUGGUGCGGGUCUGGUUCUGCAAUCAGAGACAAAAGCAGAAAAGAAUGAAAUUUUCUGCCACUUACUAACCACAUAUCCCUCACUGGCCCCCAACAAAUUAUUUAUGUAUUUAUUUAUUUAUUCCUUUCCGUUUUUCACAGUUACUAAACCUGCCACCACUCAGCUGCUGUUCAUCUACCACUGCCAGCACUUAUUUAGGAUCUCGGGAGGUGCUAGGAGUCGUAGCCCAGUAAGUGCUGGAGGGCCGCACAUUGAACUCUUCUGCCUUACUUUAACCCUUCUCAGUUAUUUAUUGUUCCUUUCGUUUUGCCAGCGGAGGGGGAGGGGGAUUUGCCCUUGUGGUGGACUCCAAACUUGAGAUGAAAUCGAAAUUAAUAACAAACGCUAAACAUUUUAAUAACUAUUUAUUGUCGGGACCAAUGGACAUAAAACAAGCCCCAUAUUGACUGGAGAUGACUGGUUGGAAAAAAAUCAAAUUCUCUUCUUAAAAUUUAGCACCACAGUAUAAAACAGAAAUGGAAAAAAAUGGAAAUAUAAAAGUGCUAUGGACAAAGCAAUCCUUAGAAAUUCAUCGCAUUGGAACCCCUAGAGGGGGAAAGUGUUGGUGGAGAUAAUGUGAAAUGAUCAGUAUUUUUAUCUGAAGUUCAGUGUUAUUUGCUCUGUGCUCUCCCCUUGUCCUGAGUGCCUGUGACUCACUGUGACUCAAUGUGAGCUGGAAAUCUGGGAUUUCACAUAAGUAUCUGUAAACAACAAAAAAAAAAAAUUGAUUUACGUUCCUAUUUCUUUACACGUUUCUGUUUCUCCACAUUAACCCCCGUUUAGAGAAACCGCCCCUGCAUCGACCUCUAAAUACGAAUCCUAAAAAUAAUGCUUCAACUUCCCCCUAGAGACGUUUGGCUGAAAGAGAUGAGAAAUUCGUCAGCGCUUGUAUUACUUUAAUGCGACACAUUUUGUUAAUUCUAAGGGCCCUGCUCGAUCAAUCCCUAUCAUUAAAGUGAAAUUGAACGACCGGGUGCAAUUCUUUUAUUAUUAUUCUGUAGAUUUGCGAAAGCAGAGUGCCUCUAUGUUCAGUCAAUUGUAUCAAACAUUCAAUUACAGAUCUUUUAGUAUUUAAAAAAAAACAUCUGUAAUUGAAUGUUUGAUA